GGGCUUCAUGAAAGCAGCUUCUCCGGGCCUUUCACCUAGACUGGAAUCAGAUCUAGAGGGAGGGUAUGGCGGAAAUUAGACAAAGUCCUUUACAAUGAGUCUUUUUCUAGCUCCUUCCCUCACCGCAAUCUUGUUCACCUUGCAAGAGGAGCAUCUGACCACUGUCCUCUUCUUUUUACCAUCAACGGACCACUUCAUGGCACCCCCAGUCGUUUUCGAUUCCUCAAUCUUUGGGUGCAAGAUAGGACCUUCCAUGAGAGGGUUAAACAGACUUGGAACAACUCCUUCCAUGGGAAAGGAAUGAGGGGCUUGAUGAUCAAACUGGAAGAGCUCAGCAAGGAUCUCAAACACUGGAGUUACAACAACUAUGGAAAUCUUUUCCAAGCUUUUGAGAGGAGUGAAAAGGAUCUCUUGGCUGCUGAAAACCUCUUUGCCUCUGACCCAUCCCCGGAUAAUCUAUCUUCUUUGAACCUCCAAAAGGCUAAGCAUUCUAAGUGCAUUAACAAUAUUGAUUCCUUCUGGAGGCAAAAAGCUAAUAUCAAAUGGAUCAAGGAGGGGGAGGCAAACACUAGCUUCUUCCAUAACUAUGUCAAAGGUAAAAGGAAGAGACUUUUAAUCAACCAUAUCAGUAAGGGGGAUGAUAAUUUCCUGGAAUCUCAAGAAGACAUUAUUGCAGAUGGACUUUCUUUCUUUAAGAAGGCUUUUUAUGAGGAACCUACUCUGACAGAUUCAGACCUUCUCCAAUCCAUCCCAGUAGUCAUAUCUGAGGAGGAUAAUAACAUGUUAACUAGAUUACCUAAUGAGACAGAGGUCAAGGAAGCUAUUUUAGCUCUAGAUCCCAACAGUUGUGCUGGGUGGGAUGGUUUCAAUGGCUUCUUUUUUAGAUCCUAUUGGGAAACAAUUAAAGAAGAUGUCACUUCUAGCUGCCAAGAAUAUUUUCUGGGCAUUCCACCACCUAAAUCCAUUUGUAAGACUCUUAUCACACUUAUUCCCAAGGUGGACAAUGCCUCAUCCUGGAAGAACUUCAGACCCAUUUCUCUUUCCAGUUUUCCAAGCAAAAUCAUUACAAAAAUUCUAGCUACAAGGCUUACAUCCCUCCUGCCUAAAAUCAUUUCGAGAGAACAAGGGGCAUUUCAGAAAGGGAAAGAAAUUAAGCAUCACAUUUUGCUGGCAAAAGAAUUAAUUAACGGGAUCGAUGAAGGAAAGAGAGGAGGCAACGUGAUAAUUAAACUAGACAUGAGUAAAGCUUUUGAUCGAGUCUCUUGGUCAUAUUUGGAGAAGGUACUGUGCCUUUUUGGAUUCUCAAGGGCUGCCAUCUCUGUUCUCAUGCGUUUCACCAAAAAGGCCUACCUUAGCCUCCUUAUUAAUGGUACUCAAAGUAAAUUCUUCUCUCCUUCUAGAGGGCUGAAACAAGGUGAUCCAUUAUCUCCUUUACUUUUCAAUAUUGCAUCUGAGGGUUUUUCGAGGAGUAUCAAUCAUUUAUAUUGUGUCAAAGGGCUAGAACCAUAUACAAUGGGAAGAAAUUUCCAGAAUAUCCAUCACCUCUCUUAUGCCGAUGACCUGCUUUUAUUUACCAAUGCAGCCAUACCUAACUUAAUUAAACUGAGGAAAUAUUUGAAUGAUUAUGGAAAAGUCUCAGGAUAGAGAAUCAACCUCGACAAGAGUAGGUUUUAUAUUCCCAAGAAAAUUCCUACUAACAGAUGGAGAAGGAUGGAGCAGAUUCUUGGGAUAAAAAAGGGGAUCAUUCCCUUCAAUUACCUGGGUUGCAAGAUCCAUAAAGGGAUUACUAGAAGAGCACAUUGUACUGAGCUUAUCUCCCAUAUCGAGUCUAAGAUCAAUGUUUGGUACAAUAGACACCUUGGCUCCAUGGGUAGACUAAUUUUAAUAAAACAUGUCUGAGUUGCAUACCAAUUCAUUAUAUGUCAUCAAGUACUCUACCUAAGGGAGUCAUUCAUCAUAUUCACUCUUUGCUUGCAAGGUUCUUCUAGGCUGGAAAUAAGGAUAAAGCCUACCACUGGAAAAAUUGGGACCUCCUUUGCAAACCUAAAGAAGCUGGUGGUCUGGGCAUUAGAGGACUGGAUCUACUCCAAAUAGCCUUUAACACUAAGUUGUGGUGGGAACUUAAAUUUGGAGACUCACUUUGGAGGGACUUUGUACUUAAAAGGUAUCCUAAGGGUCUGCAAGGGAGAGUCUAUCAAGCAUACUCACCAAUAUGGAAGACUCUAGUUACCAUUGAUUAAAGGUGGAGUCACCUUAAUGAUGAUGAAGUCCAGGAAGUAAUGUGUUCCAAUGGAGUGUUUAAAAUUAAAAAGGUUUUUGAGUUACUUCAAGAGGGUGAAACACACUGCAUGUCCUCUACUUACACUUGGCAAGCUAAACAGCCCGGCAAAGUCUCUAUGUUUCUCUGGAAGCUCAUUAAUCACUGCCUUCCAUUCCCUGAAAAUCUGAAAAGGUUUAAUCUACACCUUCCUUCUAUGUGCCCUUUUUGUAAACACAAUAUCAUCAGUGGAUUUCAUACAUUUUUUGACUGCCCCUGGAGUAAAACGAUCUGGACCCACUUUUCUUCUAUUUUAGAUAUCCCCCCUAUGCAGGCUAGUGGUGUUCUAUCUUCACUUUUCCACUGGUGGUUUCGGUCUAAUGAUAAAACACUCAAGCAAAAACUUAUAGGUAUUAUUCCAGGCUUCAUUUGUUGGAACAUUUGGAAAACUUUUAAUAGCUAUAUUCAUGAAGGAGAGAUCCCAGUUUCUGCCAAGACUAUCCAAAGGAUCUCCUUUGACAUUUAUCUCUGGAGCAACAUCCUGGAAGGAGGAAAAUUAGCUCAAAAUGAUGAUUGUUUAAUUACGUUGGGCCUCGCUCCCAUUUUCAUGAAAUCACUGAAAGUAAAUGCUAUUUACAUCUCUUGGACCUUUCCUAACAAUAAUAUUUGUCUUCAUGUGGACUCUUCUAUUAUCAAUGGAAAAGCUGCGGGGGAAGCCAUUCUUCGAAAUGGGAAAGGUUUAUUUUUAGCAGGUCUUACUAUUGAGCUGAACUCAACGGACAUCUUCUCAGCGGAGUUGGAAACAGUUGUCAAAGCUUCUCAAUGGGCCAUGAACAAAUUCUCUGCUCCUUUGAUUGUUCACACAGAUUGCAAGACUAUUGAGAAUGCAUUGAAAUCGGAUAAGACUUGCAUUAGUCCGCUUCUCAAAACUCUCAAGGAAAUCUCAACUGGGAAGGACUUUACUCUUAAAUAUGUGCAAAGGGAUUUCAACCAAGCAGCUCUUCAUUUGGCUAGAUUUGCUAUAUUCUACUCUCAUUUUGGAGAAUUCUGGCAUUUUUGUUGUUUGCCUAGAAUGGUUAGAGGCUGUAUUAAACUUGAUGUAUCUCUUCCCCAUAUUAUAAUUAAAUAAAAAAAGCAUUUUCAGUUAAUAUAUAUAUAUAUAUAUAUAUAUAUAUAUAUAUAUAUAUAUAUAUAUAUAUAUAUAUAUAUUUUAAAGGUAAAGAAUUUUAUUAAAGGCUCUCAAGGCGAAGAACAUCAAGUCUUUUUACAAAAAGUAUGAAUUCCAAAGCUAAACACAUUUGAUUUAUAUAGAGAAGAUGUGUCCAAAUGUUUCGCCCAGAACCAUUGCUGAAGAAGCUGGUUUGUUGCUGCCAACAAC